AUGGCAUCCAUCAACGGUUUCCGCGUUGCACUCUACGUCGUCCUGUGGCUCUUCUCCGCCGUCCUACUUGGCCUGACGGCCACGCGGCUCCAUUAUACGCUCUUCCUCCCGCCUUUCGACCCGCUGAAUAGCGGAAAGCCAUUCUACGACCCCAUUGUCGCCGAGCUGCUCGUCACCUCCAUCCUUGCGCUUUUCUGGUCGUCCUACAUCAUCCACGUUAUCCACCGAAGCUACGACUACGGCAGGUUUUCGAGCUUUGCCGCCGAGCUCCUUGGGCUCAUGGCCCUCUUCACGCUAUUCCUGGUUGGCGCGGCGAUCUCCUCGACGUUCUGGGGCGACCUGUUCUGGUGCCACGAAUUCUGGCAAUGUCGCCUGCUGACCGCGCUCGUCGCGUUCGCGUGGAUGUGCUGGGUGAUGACCUUUGCGCUCAUCGUCAUCUCCGUCCUAUUCGCUGUUGCCAACUCGGCGUUCUUCCACCCGCUCCACGGCCGGUACGACCCGCACUCGAGCUUCUUCGGAGGAAACCGCAAGGACCGUCGCUCGCGCUGGUGCUGA